GUCUUUGUUUGCUUUCUGCUGCAGAUUUUACCUUUUAAGAGGGAGGGCGCCCUCACAGGGAGAGCGCCUCACUGUGUUUGUACCAGUUAGUGAGCCAGCAACCCUAAAGCCUUUAAAACCUAUUAAUUUGAAAGCUGCAUUAGUUUCUGGACUUGAUUUUCUUCCUCAUUAAAGUCUUAGAAACUCACGUAAGUGUUCUACGGUUAGAAAAUUAUAUAUUAUGGAAGAAAAACCGGUGAGUUAGGUUUGGGUUAAAAUGCAUCGGUUGCCAUGUCUUUUAAAGAUUGGUUGCCAUGAGGACCCCUCCAAAGACGUUCUAUUCUGCGCACAAAAUAUCUGAAUAUGUGGAUUAAGGUUGUGGAGCAUCAGUCUAAAUGGAGAAGCUCAAUUCUGCUGCUUGUAUCCUCGACCUGAUGGGCGAGGGAAGGACUGUAGAUCGACCAAUAAGUCGACAGAUUCAGCUCCAUCUUCACCACAACAGAUUACUACACUAAUAUACUUACUGUUGAAAUACACUACUUACACAUUUGUGCUCAUGGACCCAAAAAACGUGACGUUUUGUGUCCAUGAACUGAAGCUCUCAUGUCCAGACAAAGGUCUGACUUCAUGGUUGCCCGAUUGGACGAAUAAAUUGAUUGCAGGUGUUGAGCUGAGCUGUACACAGACUCCAGGACACAGACUGUCCCUCAGGACAAGUCGCUGUUUUUUUUUCCGGUUUGAGAACCAUACCUUCAGAAACACGAGGACUCGCUGACAAACAUGCAGAGGACGGUUUUCAUGUCUCCACCUGCCGUGACAGACUCCCCCGCCGGAGUCAGGAGCUGCAUUGGUGGCUGUGACAUCACUCAAGUUAUCUCACGUCUGAGUCCGAGGCUGUUGCGGGAUGAAAGGCUGCGAGGUGUGUUUGAUGUCACGGAGGUGCAGCGUGCGUUGGCGUGUAAUUUGCCAUCUCGGCGUGGAGUUUGCUUCCACCAUCCCCCUCCUCACCUUGAUGCACAAUGUUUCCAGCUUCGUGUGACAACUGCAGCCUUUACCCAUCUCCGUCCAGCUGUUUCCACCUGUGCUUGAGCGGCAGCGACCCUCUGCGUACUUCUGUCGUCAGGUGGAGGUGCGUUUGAUGUUCAGUGUCUCGUUUGUGGGGGGGAGAGCACAUUAACUACCUUUAUGUGCUUCCCAACCGAAAAGUGGAAGGAGAAAGUUGCCCUCAGCUGCUCGUCUAAUCUCGAUUAAUCCCACUAAUCAUCCACCCGGCGUCAGAGGCCGAGGCCUGAUGGUGAGGAAGAGGAGGGUGAGUUAAUCCUCCCCCGCACUCCUCCUCCUCGGAGAUGAAGGGAGGCACUUCAGAGAUGAGAAGUCGUGAUGAAAGAAAGCGCUGAGAGAACAAGUUUCCACUCAGGAUUUCGCUUUAAUUUAGAAACUGAUCAAAGAGGCGCAGGUCACGUGACAAACAGCAACCGCAGACCCAUUUCUCACUUCCACCUUAAAUAUUUCAAAGUUGGAGCGGUGAUGAAGCUGCACAUGCUCAUAGUGACACUGGGUCUAAACACAAGAGGACCCCCCUAAACACAGCAUAUGUGUAAUCUUUGCUGUGAGGUACCUGAAGGUAAACAAUGUUUUUAAGGUGGAUUUAUUCUUUCAAUCUGCUCUUUAACAGCCCAGAAGCCCGCAGCUUCAUAAUGUUCCAGUGUGCAGAUCUAAGGAAGCCACUUUUCCAUCUUUUUCGUUUCCUCAUAACUUCAUAGGUUGGGAGAUAUCCAGCCUAAAGGCAGAAUCACUUCCUCAACUUCACUAAGGCGGAACUCCUUAGUGUGUUAUUACUGCGAUCAUCAGCAUGAGCCCGGUGUUUCAGGGACUGUAAAACAGGAGGGAGAAACUCAGAUCUAUGUUGGAAUCUAGUGGUUCCUCUGGAGAUGGAGACCUCUUUCAGACUUUUCAGUUUCUGCGUCUUUAUUUUUAUGUUUCUUGCUUACUGUUUGGGAUUAAAUCAGUGCACACUCAGGUUCAGUUAAACAUCACUUAAAUGUUUGUGUGUAUUCCACCAUCAGAAGCUCCUCAGCUCCUCUUUCUGCUGCUUCUUCCACCUCAAAUUUGAUUUUGUGCCCCUGUGGGUGCAGCUUUUGCCUCCAUGGCUGCCCGGGAGGCUUCAAGGAGCUUGACAGACAGAGAGGAGAAAGAGGAGGCUCCACCCCUGCUUUAGAGGAGGCGGUGCAGACGGUAAAACCAGAGCUGGAGUUUGCUCUCGCGUGACCCCGCUACUGCCCAGCUGACUUACAUGUAGAUCAGAGCAGGAAGUAAAGCCACAGCUUAGGGUCAUCAGGUCCUCAGCAUUUAUUUUAGGAAAGUUUCCAGCCUGCUGAAGGGAGAAACCUGCUCCAGAAUCUAAAAUCCAUGCUUCAGUGUCCAAAGUUGGAAGACUGAAACUGCCAGAAAAGGGAAAAAAAAUUAUCAAAAUAACAAUAAAUAAUAGAUAAUAGAUAAUUAAAAAACAAAAUAAUUGCAAUAUAUAUGUGUAUAUGUAUAUGUAUGUAUAUGUGUGCGUAUUCUAAUUCAUUAUUCAUUGUUGCAAAAAGGGGGCUGUACUUCAAAAGGUUAUGUAAAUAAAAGAAAAAAGGGAAGAAAAUCUAAAUUUAAACAGGAAGGUAAAUAAAUGCAGGUAUUAUUUAAAAUGAAACGCAUACAGGAGCAAACCAAAUCGGAAGCAGUCAUUUAUGUGAAAUUUGAUAAAUUAAUUAAUAGCCAUGAAUGUUUUUUUAAUUUUUUGUUGUUGUUGCAUUUAUAUUUGUUAUUUAUAUAUUCAUUAACACAUUUAUUUUUUUUAUUUUAGUACUUUUGGUCCUCCAUAAGAAAAUCUUAAUGCCAUCCUGUUUGUUUUUCAUAUUGCAGGACAAAAGAAUUGUAUUACAAAAAUAGAGAUAAACAAGCUUCAAUGGACAAACCAAUAAAAUAAACACAAAAGUAAAAUAGUGAAUAAGUGAAUUAACACCUAAAAUGUCAAUUAGUAUAUUUUUUAUGAAUAAGCUGUUGCAUAUAUAUAUUUUAUUACUUCAUUCUUUCUUGUGUUUUUAUUUUGGCAGCUUCAGGCCUCCAUAUAUUUUAGCCAUAGUGAGGAGAAAAUUGUCCUUCUCAGUGUUGGUGCCGCUAACAGAGCUUCUAAAAUAGCCCAGGCUCUGCUGUAAGAGUAAAUAAUAAACACGUGGUUUAACACUCCGGCUCCUGUGAGGUCUCCGCACCGUGUUUCCCCAUCAUCCUUUGCUGCUGCCGCUGGCCGGUGUUCAGUGUGUGCCUGUGUGUGUGGAGCGGAGAUCGCUCAGAGUGCAGCGGAGGACGGUGCGGUGGCUGUCCGGUCCGGUGUUUACUGUCGGCGGGUUAAAGUGUGAGCGGAGGUCCGGAUCUUCAGCUGGAAAUUCAGCGACAUUUGGAGCACAAGUGAAGCGGGUUUGAGGAGCGAGAGGCCCGGCUGGCUGCUGCGCGGCGCUGCGGGGGAUGUGCGCACACAAUGGGAGACGGUCCGGGACUCGAACAGCGUCUCCCCGCCCGGUUUGGUUUGUAAAGACACCGGAGCUGGAGCCGGGACUCAGCGCGGAGUGAGGACCUCCUCUGACCGGGCAGGACGCCUAAGACACCGGGAGGAGCUCAGCUGCGAGCCCCGUGGGAGCCGCGGAGGACGCGCCUGUGUGUCGUGAAUCCCGCUGGGAUGAACCCAGAGUGUCUCCUGCGUUCCAAACCGCUGUUUACACAUCUGGAUGAAGAGGGAAGCCUGGGUUUGGAGCUGGUUUAUGGAGUUAAUGCAUGUUAGUUUACUGGAUUUACCCGCAGACCCAUCAGCAGCCUGCAGAGGUUAGUGCUCAGAGGAUAAAACUAAAGGAGCAGUUCACAGUUUCUCUUUGAAUCCGAAUAUUUUAAAGUAAAGGAGCAGUUCACAGUUUCUCACAUGAGCUUUGAAGGAGGCGAUGUACCUGCUGGACAGUAGCAGCUCUGAGAGGAUGGAGAGAGGAGCUCCUCAGAGAAAGACUGUGUACCGGAUCUCCCUCACGCUGGUGAAGAGGGAGAGCUUAGAGGAUGAGGACUCAGUGCCCCGGCGGGCAGAGAACCCAAAGGUGGGCGCCUUCAGGCGUGAGGGGUCGGCAGAGGUGCAGCGGGGAGGUCUGCUGGAGCAGCUGAAGGAGGUGGAGGACGAGUCGGAGGAUUUCUCCUCUUCCCACGGCUACAUGCGGAACUUUAGGACGUUCAGCACGGGCCAGCUGGAGCUCGGCAGGCUGAAGAUCUGCCGGAAGCAGCUGCUGCAGCGGGGCGCCAAGGCCACCAGUCCGCUGGCGGAGCCCGGGCAGGAGGACGGCGGCGAGCGGGAGGUGGAGGAAGCACCACAGGCGCUGGUGGAGAACGGUGGUGUUGGCGAGAAGAAGAAGAAGCUCCUGAAGGCGAAGAGCGUGGAGGAGCAGAGCUCGGAGCCCAUGAGCAGCGUCGGGAAGCUGGCCCACUCUAAAAGUAACGGGGCGCCGUCCACAGAAGGCCCCCCGGAGACUCCACCUCCUCUGAAGCGCCCACCCGGUCUGCUGCGCCGCAGCUUCAGCUUCAGGCACUGGAGCGGUGGCGAGCUGCUGCGCCUGCGGGCACUCUCCAAAGACAAACACCACAGCAGCUCCGGCUGCAUUGGCCAGGACGCCGCAAAGAAUGACGAGCCGGCUGCGCCGCUCCCCACAGCCCGCCUCCUCGACCCCACCAGAGAGAAGAGCAGGACACUGGAGGUCGGCGCUGUCCUCAACAAGACAGACUCCAUGUCCGAGCUGAGCCGCUGGGAGAGGGCGCAAGGCAGCAAGAACCGCACACUGGACAACAGCGACCUGCUCCGGCUGGCGGAAGAGAAGGACGCUGCCGGGGCAGCAGGUGGAGGCUUCCUGCUGCGGGGAGGUGGGGGACGCUCCAGCGAGCGGCGCCUGGUUCGCUUCUUCAGCGGGAUCUUCUCCAGGAGGGACGGUGCUUCCACGUCCACGCCGGUGGGGAGCCCUAGCACCAACAGGUCGCUGCGCCGCAGCCGGAGGACAGCGCUGUCGCAGUCCAGCACGGAGAGCAUGAACGGAGGCAGCGCUGACGAUGCGUUUGUAAACAGUCAGGAGUGGACGCUGAGUCGGACGGUGCCCGAGCUUAAAGUGGGCAUUGUGGGUAAUCUGGCCAGUGGUAAGUCAGCGCUGGUCCACAGAUACCUGACGGGAACGUAUGUCCAGGAGGAGUCACCAGAGGCUGACGUGGAUGCAGGCGGGCGCUUUAAGAAGGAGAUUGUAGUGGACGGUCAGAGUCACCUGCUGCUCAUCAGAGAUGAAGGAGGCCCCCCGGAGGCACAGUUUGCGUUAUGGGUGGACGCAGUCAUCUUUGUCUUCAGUCUGGAGGACGAGAUCAGCUUUCAGACUGUUUAUCACUACUUCAGCCGCCUCGCCAACUACAGGAACACCGCUGACCUGCCGCUGGUGCUUGUCGGCACACAAGACGCCAUCAGCUCGUCCAACCCGAGGGUGAUCGACGAUACCCGGGCCAGGAAGCUCUCCAACGACCUCAAACGAUGCACCUACUAUGAAACCUGCGCCACCUACGGCCUCAACGUGGAGCGAGUCUUCCAGGAUGUUGCCCAGAAGAUCGUGGCCACCAGGAAGAAACAGCAGUUGUCCAUCGGGCCUUGCAAGUCACUCCCCAACUCCCCGAGUCACUCGUCUGUCUGCGCCACACAAGUGUCAGCCGUCCACAUCAGCCAGACGAGUAAUGGUGGCGGCAGUUUGAGCGACUACUCGUCAUCUGUGCCGUCAACACCGAGCACCAGCCAGAAGGAGCUCCGUAUCGACGUCCCGCAGACCACCAACACGCCAACACCCGUCCGCAAGCAGUCUAAACGCCGCUCCAACCUCUUCACCUCGAGAAAGGCGAACGAGGCGGACAAGGACAAGAAGGGCCUGGAGGCUCGAGCCGACAGCAUCGGCAGCGGGCGAGCCAUCCCCAUCAAACAGGGCAUGCUGCUGAAGAGGAGCGGUAAAUCCCUCAACAAGGAGUGGAAGAAGAAGUACGUGACGUUGUGUGACAACGGUCUGCUCACCUAUCACCCGAGCCUACACGACUACAUGCAGAACGUCCACGGGAAGGAAAUCGACCUGCUCAGGACCACAGUGAAGGUCCCGGGGAAGAGGCCACCGCGCGCCGUAUCCACCUGCGCCGCCAUGCCGAGCCCCAAAACCAACGGCCUGACGAAGGACAUGAGCAGCCUGCAGCUCGGACAGACUUCAGGCUCGGUGACUAGCAGCUCGUCGGUGUCGCAGAUGGCGAGCGGCGUCAGCUUGGUGUCCUUCAACAGCCGCGGCACGGAGGGGAUGCACCAGCGCUCGUACUCCGUCUCCAGCGCCGAUCAGUGGACCGAGGCCACCGUCAUCGCCAACUCUGGAGUCAGCACAGACACAGGCCUGGGAGACUCCGUCUGCUCCAGUCCCAGCAUCUCCAGCACCACCAGUCCAAAGAUGGAGCCGCCGCCAUCGCCGCACGCCAACCGCAAGAAGCACCGGCGGAAGAAGAGCACCAGUAACUUCAAAGCCGACGGCCUCUCUGGUACUGCGGAAGAACAAGAGGAGAACUUUGAGUUCACCAUCGUGUCGCUGACGGGGCAGACGUGGCACUUUGAAGCCACUUCCUACGAGGAGCGCGAUGCCUGGGUUCAGGUCAUCGAGAGCCAGAUCCUGGCGAGUCUGCAGUCCUGCGAGAGCAGCAAGAACAAGUCUCGUCUGACAAGCCAGACAGAGGCGAUGGCUCUGCAGUCGAUCCGAAGCAUUCGAGGGAACGGUCGCUGUGCCGACUGCGACACACCGAACCCGGACUGGGCAAGUCUGAAUCUUGGGGCCCUGAUCUGCAUUGAGUGCUCGGGAAUCCACAGGAACCUGGGCACUCACCUGUCCAGGGUUCGCUCUCUAGACCUGGAUGAGUGGCCGCUGGAGCUCAUCAAGGUGAUGUCGGCCAUUGGCAACGAGUUGGCCAACAGCGUGUGGGAGGCCAACGCUCAGGGACGCCUUAAACCUGGACCGGACGCCAGCAGGGAGGAGCGUGAGCGCUGGAUCCGGGCAAAGUACGAGCAGCGUCUCUUUCUGGCGUCGCUGCCCUGCACUGAUCUCCCACUGGGCCAGCAGCUGCUGAGGGCAACCGCCGAGGAGGAUCUACGUGCAGUCGUGCUCCUGCUUGCUCACGGGUCCCGACAGCAGGUCAACGAGACCUGCGGAGAAGGAGAUGGACGCAACGCGCUGCACCUGGCCAGCCACAAGGGCAACGUGGUCAUCACGCAGCUCCUUAUCUGGUACGGUGUGGACUUGAUGGCAAGGGACGCCCAUGGCAACAGUGCAAUGGCAUAUGCUCGCCAGGCCAGCUGUCAGGAGUGUGUGGACACGCUGGCUCAGUAUGGCUGCCCAGAUGAACGCAACCCCCUAAUGGCCACACCCAACCUUUCACGCCGCAACACCAAUCGUAACAACAGCUGCAGCAGCGCCGGCAGUGCCGCGCUCAUAUGACCAGACAGUUUCCUGUGAUGACUCUGAGAAAAAUAAACAAACUUCGAUUUGGGAGUAUCCUGAACGUUUUAUUUUGGGAACCACUACUUUAGCUUUGCCCACUUCACCUGACAACCACCAGUAAACUGAUCACAGGUCAGUGGUGACGCUGCGGCCAGGCGUCUGUUUGGGAGAAGAAGUCUAAAGCAUGUUGGGAAACAUAGCCCACGAUCAUCAAAGCAUUUUGGGAAAUGGUCACACGACUUGUGCAGGUCAAUGAGUUAUAUUGUACCUCGUCACACAGCCUCAGAUUUCACACUACAAAGGCCAGUUCCCGCUCAGACUCAACAACAAACUGAACUGAAAGCAUAUCAUCUUCUGUCCACAACCUGAAACUGUGAGAUCAAAUCAAUGAGAAGGAAACUCAAGUCUUCGUAUCUUCUUUGAGGCAGCCACCCAUCAACAUCAUCUUCACUGCAAAUCUCUCGAGGAUUCUUUACGACCUCUUCACCUUCUUUCAGCUGUCAUUUUUUUAAAUUUUCUGCAAACCAACCGGCUUUACACAUUUUUGUUCUUUUUUUUUUUAAUGUGAAAAAAAUCUUGAUGUUAAAAAAAUAUAUCAGCUUAGAGGUAAAACAUAAGUGUGAUAGAUCGCAUGUCCUAGACACUUUUUCUACUUUAAUUUAAGGCAUUUUUCUCGACUGUGUAUAUUGUAUCUCGAUGUGCAUUGCUGGACCAAUGGUAAAAAAUGCUAACAGGGGAAGGGUUUUUGUUUUUCCUUUUUUUUUAAGCUAUCGGGUGUAUAAAGUCAUUAAGUGUACAGAAGCUCUUGCCAGGCUCAGGGACUGGGGACUGUCGAUCGUCAGCGCUCAUUGUCUUUUUUCCCAGCGAGUUCUUUAGAUGAAACAACCUGUUUUCACUUCACUUACUUCCGACUACAUUCAGCACUCAAGUUGCUCAAAAUUGCUGGCUUCACUUAAUUGGUUGGAUGCCUAAGGCAUCGAACCAAAAGAUCGAUUGGUGGCCCUCUGGCAGCCACUGGUCACUGGUUGGCAACUGGUCGCUAAAGGUUGCUGGCAGUCACUAGGUGGUUGCAAAGAGGUGUACAGUACUGUACUGAAAACCUUCUUGCAAUUGCUUGGAAGACUCUCCUUGUCUGCAAACACUGACCAAUUACUUGCCCAAGCGAUAGUAAAACUGCAAAGGGUGCGACAAAAGCUGGAAAUGGGGACCAUUCAGCUUCAACGUAAAAGUUGCACUUUUUUGAAACAUGUUCGUUGCAUUAUUCAUUAAUCACCAUAAGAGCAAAGUGGUCGAUCGAGCGGUUGAACAUUUUUCUGUAUGUUGCCGAUAGUUUGUGGCAUAAGUUGGUUUAUAAAUUUGGUUUGCCAUCCACAUCCUGGCUCAGCUGGGAAUUAACCUGCUGAUGAGCAUCUAUAUGUAGAAUUUCAAACCUUUUCUUAUGCUGAAGGUUUUAUCGUCUGAACUGAGUGAACUGUAAGCAUCUUAAACCCAAACCUGGUUUACAUCCUGAUGAAAAAGCAUUUAAUCUGAACUCUGUCCCUGAAGUUAAUUUUAUUAAUGGAAAAAAAUGGAAAAGAUACAGAAGCAGCUGUCGGAGCAAAAAAGGGAAAUUAUUGUCUUCAGGUGUUUUUGUUUUGGUUUUUUUGGGGGGGGUUUUAAUGUUUGCUAUCUAUCCAGACACAAUGAUGGGGAGACGGUUGGUGGCCCCUGCCAUCACCGCCACUUUUUUAUCUAUCCCGUCCAAUCAGGCAGUCUCCCUGAUCUGCUCAGCGAAUCACUAAGAAGGGCUUCUUUUUCUUCUUCUCUGGUCUGAAAACGUCUUUGUUGUAAAUAAUCCUCCUCUCUUUCUCUGUUGCUUUCUCUCUUUCAUUCGAAGCAUCAUGUAAAUUAGAGAACACAGUAAGUACUUAGAGUAUGUGAGGUUGCAGAGUGGAAGUGGUUUAUUCUAAUGUGUUAUGGUAUGGUUUUGGCUCUGUGCUGAACCAUGAAGAAACCAGGAAGAAAAACUUUUGCAGGUGUCUAAACCUGUGGUUCCCAACAUGAGAAUCUUUACAGACUAAAGGGUCAACGGACGGUUUACAGCAAAGGAAAUUAGAAAAUACAGAUCCAAGUUGCUUUUUUAAUGAGAAAGAACAAACCCAAAGGGAAGCUUAUAAAACGUCUACAUCUUCUCAAAUUUAGGUCUACCCUGACUUUAACAAAUGUGGUAAAAAUUAAGUUAAGACGCAGUAUAAAAGUGUUGAGUUUACUUUUGGGGGCAUUUGGGGCCACAAUAGCACUAGAUGUGGUUGAGUUUGAGUCAGGCUCAAAUCUGAUUAUUUAAUGAGCACAUGGACAAAGUCAAGCUGGACAGCGGACAGCAUACAUUAAGACUACCCUGAAUGUUUAUGGAUGUGUUUACAUUUGUCCAAUUGGUCUGCAUGGCCAUUAACUGUUAGACAAGAUGAAGUUUACUUCAUACUAGCCCUUAUAUUUUAAAAUCACCAUGAGCUAGAAAUGUUGGGAACCACUGGCACAAAGGUCCAUUUGGAUUAAAUGAUAGGGUUGCAGGUUGAUUUCAGGUGUUUUAAAAACACCUUUCUUAAUCCUGGUGAUAUAGAUUUUUCCGUUGGUUGUUGAAAUGUGUAGAAUGAAGGCCUUCAGGUGAAGAUAGUUGGGGAACUAGUUUCCCAAACUCAACAUUUAUGUGAUGAUUCAGACAGUAUGCUGCUCCUCAGCUCAGAUCUUCAACUUUCUCCUGUUUCGCCCUCUAAUGUAAAUGUUGCUGCAGCGGUUGAGUAGCAGCUCUCAACCCGACUGUGUAUCCAAGCAAUAUUCAUAAAAACCUUCACGCUCACAUCCUAACUUUGUAUGCUAACAUCGCUUUAAUAUUCACAUGAAAACACAAAAACACACUGUAGAAAUGGAAGAAGGAUCAAAAAGCAAGAAACAAAUGUUUUUCUAUCAACAUGAACACAUUUGUCCUCCUUUUGCCUUUUUUGUUUUUGCACGCCUGCCUUGAUGUUCCUAAUUUUUGUUGUUGCUAUAUGUGUCACGCUCCAUUUUCCUUACCAGCCAUUUUCAAGACACCAUUCUAUUUCCUGUAAAUGACAAACCAAGACUAUUAUUUUUAUUGGAUGAUUUUAGUUUGUUUUCAUAUCUGACCCAUCCCACAGCUGUCCAGAAACAGGACAGGGAAAAAAGACGUCCAUUUAUUUAUGACAGAAAUGCACUAAUUUACUGCUUUAUUUCAUCUAUCUUAAACACAACUCUUCUACCAUCUUCCUUUAUGUUCUGUCAGUAACUGACAUUGGCUUUUUCUAAGCGGUGGCGGCUUCAGGUUGUUUUCUUUAGAAUAAAAUUGUAUUUAUUUUAUUUUAAAAUCGUGUGAGCAGAAAAAUUUGAAUUGUAAUUAAUAAUAAUGCUAACUGUAGAUAGUAGUAAACAAACUAACGAGAGCAUUGCGCUAGAGUUUCCGUUUACAAGCGCUUGUUAAUGCAACUAGAGAUCAGUUAGCUGGUGAUAGCUAAUAGAGAGGAGGUGAACAUUAGUUGUCACUUUGCUGCAGAUUUAUGCUCAUUCAGGUUUGAGACUCAAAGCUAAAAUCGAAAAAUUGCUGAGUCAUCUGUCACCUAAGCUAACACCUAGCAGUGAGCAAGCCAGCAUUGUUUUAGGUUAACAGUGCAUUUCCCCUUUUAAAUAUUAAUCAAAUAAAUAGUGAAAUAGGAAUAGAGAAUCGAAACAUCGAGGCUCAUAAGCUGUAGAUAAGUUAACUGAACUAAGCUAAGUGAGGGGAAGAGGGGCAUAAGCUAAACUUCCCACCAUAAAAAUGCAAACUGUGACAAACAUUGUUUUAAAAAAGAUUUUCCCAGCUUCCAAGUAAACAAUCUAAGUCAGUCAUCUGCUUUCCAUUAGAAGUUUAGCAGAACAUGAAAACAAUAUGUGGAUAAUAGAAACAUGGUGUGAAGAGCAGCUAGCUAAACUCUGCUAGCAGAGCAUAUGGGGUGCUGUAUCUCCUUGAAUAUGAAGACUUGACUCUUCACAGAUGUUUCUGUUGUUCCGUUCACAUUUUCUUAGUCUCAUAAUUGAGGAGAAAACAUAGAAAAUAUCUGUUUUUGUGUAUAUUUUGAAGCUAAAACAUGCUGUGAAGCUCCAGCUAGCGGUCAGUUAGCUCAGUGGCCAGUAGCAUGGCGCAAUAUGUUUCCUAGCCUAGGAUCUUUCGGCUGAAGCCGCCUGCGUGUAGAUAAAUUAUGUCAUGGUAACUGCGUUAAUAUGUCUGCACUGCUCUCGCCACCGCCAACACUUGUACAUAGACAUCAACAGAACGAAGAAAUAAUAUGGUCAAUGUCUAGUUGUGUUACCUCAUGUAGCCUCCUUAACCCCACCCAACUGGGCUGUCCACUACAUUAUUUAUAAAUGCACCCCUCGAGGAAGACUCGGCCCCCUUAAACCUACAUUUUUGUAUAAUUUUCUCCAUCCACUUUUUAUUAUUGUUGUUCUGAUUUAUCAUCCAGACACAUUAUUGUUCUUAUUGUCACUGUUAAUCUAAUAAUUAUUAUUAUUGUUGUUGAUGUUGUUGUUAUUAUUGUUAUUGAAUUUUUGUUUGAUGUACAGUACCGUUGUAUGAAAAUUCUACCUAAUACAGAGUCUUCUACUGUAAUGUGUCUCUUUUCAAUAAAGACAAGAAUAAUGCUUCUUAUUAUAACU